CCGGCCCCGGCCGAGGCGACAGCAACCUCCUGAAGUCCCGGAACGCGGCGCGUGGAAUCCUGCGAGGCCUCCAGGGCGGAGCCGACGCGGGUCUGCGAGGAGCCCGAGAUCCCCUCGGGAUACCUAGGGGCGCGUCAGAGGCGGGCGGAAGAGUCCGCCCGCCGCUGGCGCAAGGAGGAGUGCGGGAACAGCCUGGGCCGGGUGUGUCCCUUGCGCCCGGCGUCCCCUGCCGGGUCCCCGGCCUGCGGCGCUGAAAAGGGGGCGGGGGUCAGCGUAGGGGGAUGAAGAGCCAGGUUAAAUAGGUUUCUCUGCAGAUCCAGGGCCCUUAAACCCUGACAGCCCACACUUGUCUUUAAAAAAUGAAGAAAUUAAGGCUUAAGGAAUUAGAGAGUCGCCUGCAACAAGUGGAUGGAUUCGAAAAGCCCAAGCUACUUCUAGAACAGUAUCCGACCAGGCCGCACAUUGCAGCAUGUAUGCUGUAUACAAUCCAUAACACAUAUGAUGACAUUGAAAAUAAAGUGGUUGCAGAUCUAGGAUGUGGGUGUGGAGUGCUCAGCAUCGGAACUGCAAUGUUAGGAGCAGGGUUGUGUGUUGGAUUUGACAUAGAUGAAGAUGCAUUGGAGAUAUUUAAUAGGAAUGUGGAAGAGUUUGAGUUAACAAAUGUUGACAUGAUUCAAUGUGAUGUGUGCUCAUUAUCUAACAGAAUGUCCAAGUCAUUUGAUACAGUAAUUAUGAAUCCUCCCUUUGGGACCAAAAAUAAUAAAGGGACAGAUAUGGCAUUUCUGAAGACUGCCUUGGAAAUGGCAAGAACAGCAGUAUAUUCUUUACACAAAUCCUCAACUAGAGAACAUAUUCAAAAGAAAGCUGCAGAAUGGAAAAUCAAGAUAGAUAUCAUUGCAGAGCUGCGAUACGACCUGCCAGCAUCAUACAAAUUUCAUAGAAAGAAAUCAGUGGACAUUGAAGUGGACCUAAUUCGCUUUUCUUUUUAAAAGCCUCCAAAAA